CCCGCCAUCUUAUCAAGUUGGUACUAUUUGCCCUGACGAAACUGCAGAAGGUGCAGCAGUAUUGCCUUCAGCAUCUCUUAUUAAUACAAACAAAAAUAAAUCUACAUCAGUAGGAGGGACAUCAAAUGCCAAGGCUCAAGCUGUUGAUGUGAGUAAUCAUCCAAAUAUUUGCAAAAAAACGGCAUCCCUUGGGUGUAGCCACCCCUGUAAAUCAGGUUCAGCCUUGCCAUCAUCACCAACUGUAGGAGACCAGAUAUCAUCUAAAACAGUCUUUGUAACUGCUGAUGACAUGGAAUCCAGAAACGCAACUAAGAUAACAAUGUUUGGAAAAAAGAAAGGAGAUGGUGCUGCCCCAACACUAACAUAUAGUUCAACAUCAUCCCAGCCUAGUAGUUAUCGUGGUGGGUUUAAAAAAAGGGGCGAAGAAGAUCGUGGAUUUGGAGGACAAUCAAGCGAAAAAAAAGCCAGCACCAAUGUACUUGGAGACACCCAAUCCUAUGUUACAACUCAUCAACAAACAGGUGUAUUAUUUGGAGCUACUUCAUCAGUUGGUGGAGCUUCAGCAUUAAGUAGUUCUCCCGUUGAUGCUUCAUUGAUCAGACCUCCAAAAUUUACACCAUCCCAGACAUUCGACUCUACAGCGAGUAGUGCACAGAAUUUUCCUAGUGCUGCUCCAACACUAACAUAUAGUUUAACAUCAUCCCAGCCUAGUAGUUAUCGUGGUGGGUUUAAAAAAAGGGGCGAAGAAGAUCGUGGAUUUGGAGGACAAUCAAGCGAAAAAAAAGCCAGCACCAAUAUAUUUGGAGACACCCAAUCCUAUGUUACAACUCAUCAACAAACAGGUGUAUUAUUUGGAGCUACUUCAUCAGUUGGUGGAGCUUCAGCGUUAAGUAGUUCUCCCUUUGAUGCUUCAUUGAUCAGACCUCCAAAAUUUACACCAUCCCAGACAUUCGACUCUACAGCGAGUAGUGCACAGAAUUUUCCUAGUGCACCAUCAUUUGGUAGUGGAUCUGGCGGUAACGGAAGGGGAGGGAUUAGUGGUGUGAGUGGACAACCAACCACCGGACAGAAUCAACAAACAGCCGGGGGAUUUGGUGGACCUCCGAAGUUUAGUGGUUCUAGUGCAUUUGGUAAUCUGAAUCAACUUGAAGAUUUUGCUAGUUUAUCGUUAAGUCAACAGAAACAACAGAAUUUUCCACCUGUGCACCAUCAUUUGGCCAAACAUCAUCACAGCAUGUUAGUGGCAGAGGGAGGUUGGGAGGUGGAGGAGGUGGACUUGUAGGUGCAGGACGGGGAAGGAGUGGAGUGAGUGGACAACCAACCACAGGAAUUAAUCAACUAACAGCCGGGGGAUUUGGUGAAGCUCCGAAGUUUAGUAGUCCUCAAGGAAUGGGUGCAGAAUCUGCGCUGGAUGAUUCUAGUGCCCAGACAACAGAUCAGCCUAUAUUUGGUAUUAAUCAACAAACUGUUCAAGAUUUUGGUAGUUUAAUUGGGUCAACAGAAAUAACAAAAUUUUCCAUCUGAUGCUGGUUGUCCUAACCCAGGAGGAGUCGGGAAUAUACCAUCGUACUUAUAGACAAGAGAAAGAAUAUGAGGAAUGAUGAUAUUUUAUGUUGCUCUCGUAUUGUUCAUACAUUUUUAUUUAUAUGCCUACUUAUCAGUGUGAUCGGAUUGUGUCGCCACCCUGUCCGCUCGUCGAUUGGUCCGCCUAUUAUUGGCUUGCGAACUUUUUAAAAAAAUUUAGUGUGAAGCAUUGUGGUCAUAAGAGGACUCAACAUUUAUGUCCUCUUUUCCGAAAACUUGCGUUCCACUUUCCGUUCUGGAGUUACCCCCCUUUGCCGAAAAACCUGUGAUUGGACUUUUUAUAUGAUUACAUUUUCAUGUGGACGUAUAUUGUCGUCGAUCCUGUUCUUCCGGACGUCCGUCUGUCUGUCCGUUCAUAAUUGUUUGUGGACACUCUAUAAGUCACAUUUCUUAUCCGAUUUUUACGAAACUUGAAAUAUAGGUUUAUCCCCAAAAGAUCUCGGCUGCGUUCGAUAUUGGCAUGUAUCGAAUCGAAACUACAUGGAUUAUGGCCCCUGAUUGUACGAUAAAUCACGUUUUUAGCUUGUGGACACUCUAGGGAUCACAAUUUUCACCUGAUUGUAAUGAAACUUCAAAUGCACGUUUAUAACCCGAAGAUCUUGGUUCCUUUCGAUAUUUGCGCAUAUCGUAUCGUUACUUCCUGAAUUAUGACCCUGGUUGUAAGAAAAUCGCGUUUUUAGCUUAUGUUCCCUCUAGAGGUCACAAUUUUUAUCCGAAAAAAAAACGCUCGAAUAGAUCGAAUUUCGUGAAAAUCGGGCCAAU